AUGUUUGUGCCUUUCUAGUGGACGACGUGUCAACCCAGAAGUAGCGCUGUUUAUACCUAUGGUUAAUACACUAACCCGGCCUUGAUACACGCCCACUGGUUGUUACGUGAAGUUGUAUAAUGAUUUUAAGAGCACUCCGGCCAUAGAAGGACAUCGUCGAGACUUCUUUCACUACUCUGACAACACCGUUCACGAAUCGGUCUAUCAAUUCAGAAAACUUCAAAGGUCUUUAGCCAGAUUGUACUGAAAGGAUGUGGAUUCCUAUGCUGGGUCUGACUGCACUGCCUCACUUGGGUGGGAUAUUUGGAGGUUUAAUCACAAGGAAGGAGGUGAAAACAUGGUAUACCACGCUUAAAAAACCUUCAUGGAGGCCUCCUAAUGCUGUUUUUCCAGUGGUGUGGACCACUCUCUACACUGGCAUGGGAUAUGGAUCAUACCUUGUGUGGAAUGAGCUUGGAGGCUUCACACAAGAUUCAGUGGUGCCACUGGGGCUCUAUGGGACACAGCUUGCGUUAAACUGGGCCUGGACCCCAAUCUUCUUUGGAGCACACAAGAUUAAGCUGGGUCUGAUAGAGCUAGUGCUGCUCACUUGCACAGUGGGAGCUACCAUGGUGUCUUGGUAUCCCAUCAACCGCACUGCAACACUUCUCCUGGGACCAUACCUGGCCUGGCUUUGCAUCGCUACCACCCUCAACUACUGCAUCUGGAGAGACAAUCCAGAGCCUAAAGAAGAUUAAAGAAGCCAAUAAAAAUGAACACUACACUAACUAACGUCAUUGAUUUGUUUUUAAAAAAAGUGCACACAGGAAAUCUUUAGUUACGCUUUCAAACUUCACUAGGUAAUUACAUUUUUUUUCUAUUAGUCUAAAAACAAGUUAUACUGCCUAAAUACCAUAAAGCCAACGAAUAAACAUUGCACUGUUCAGUUCCAUUUGUUCACUUUGGUUCGGUGCUUUACACAGAUGUAAUUAACACGUUUUUCCAAAUAUGAAAUAUCUCUGAUUAUUGACUUGAAAAAUCGCUUGGUUCCUUGUUCAUUUUAAUUAAUAAAUGUAUUUUUUUGCCUA